AUGUGGCUUUUUGUGUGUUUGGGAGUUCUUUUUGUGUCUGAAACUUCCGCUCAAUGUAAUCCGGGAGCCGUUUUCGACAGCGCUUCCAACCGGUGGGAGCAAUCUCCAAUUCAACUCAUUUUUUCGUUUUCAGAUGCCUUCAGUUCUACCGCCCGAAAGUCUCCUUUGCGAUGGCCGAGUCGAUCUGCGCGGCUUCUUUCGGACAUUUGACCUCGGUCAAAAACGCCGUUGACAAUAACUUCAUUGCAAGUCUGUGCAAGAACAUACUUACAAUGGAAAUGAAAUGUGAACUGAAGGUCGUGCGCUGGAAUAUUUCGAUGGCUCGGACAAUUUUUGGAUCGGAGCCAAAGCGACGGCGGCUGACGUCACCAAUCCUCUGAAUUGGGCCUGGAACGACGGCUCCGCCUGGUCCUAUCAAAACUGGAGAGUCGGUCAGUUCUCGAAUUUAUUCCACAGUAGACAUCUGUACUUUUAUCAGAAUACAAUGGUUUUUUUUUCUCAGGAAAUCCUUCGCCAAGCAAUUAUUUAAAAAAAUUGAGAACAUUUUUCCGAAUGAUUCUUCUGGGAAAUUUUUUUCGUUUUGGUAAUGGCAUAUGAUGUAUUGGCCGAAAAGCCCGCAAAGUCGAUUUUUUUAGACCAGUAAUGAAAAAACAUGAAAUUGAUAGAAAACCUAGCUAUAGAAAACUGAAAUAAAACAUUCAGGCCAGCCGACCUCUCAGGGUGAUACAUCUUGCACAAGCGUGCAGGUUUCGAGUUCGAAAUGGCUCACGGCGACUUGCUCCAGCAACUUCUCCUUCGUCUGCUCUUUCCCUACCAACGUCGGAGCCACCUGCCCACCUCCAAUCAGUAUUCGUCAGAGCGAAGAACUUUGAAUCCAUCAGUUUUCAGUUCCCAGCCACUGUCCUUCUGGCUACACCUACUACAGCGGAACCGACUUCUGUUACAAGGUACCAGCAAAACCUAAAGCCCAAACGUUCUCUUCAGAACACGGUCCGGUCUGGCAACUUCAACGAUGCCCGCAGUACUUGCCAAGCCGACGGCGGAGAACUCGCUUCGAUCCAUUCCAUGGAUGAGAACGAUUUCCUCGUUGGCAAGUGUUCCCAUGAAAAGAAGAGAAAAUAUGACUUUUAGAACUUUCCAAAGCUGGAAUGGAAGUGAAAGAUGACCAUUGGAACGACCAAGUGAGUCCUCUUUUGAUUCAUAAUGUUUCUUUGAUCCUAAGGUAUGGAUUGGCUUCACUUUCGAGAACCAAAAAUGGGGAUGGACUGACGGAACCGCCGUCGACUUCGUCAACUGGGCCGACGGCGAACCGAACGUCAUGCAGACUGACUGGUGGACCGUGGUAAGUUCUACUCUCCAUAAUACUUCUGGCUCAUUUUCGAAGUUCAGCUGGUGGCCGAUCCUCACCAAAACAAGCACAACACGGAGUACAUGCGAUGGAACAACGUGGGACACCUCGACGAGAGAGCUUUUCUCUGCAAACGCGCUCCACUGCAUUGA